UUGCAUCUCGAGAAGCAGCUGUUUGGAUCCGAUUUGUGAGCUGUGCAUCUGAGAAGAAGCGGAGAUGAAAAAGAUAACCUGGCUUUGCAUCUUGGGACUGGUCGUGGCAACUUUAUUUCCCGUUAGCCAGCAAACGUCUGAUAAAUCUGGGUCACGAGCUGAUGUUUCAAAAAGGGUCCACAGCUUGACUUCCAGGUUUAAACGACACGUUGAUGGCACGUUUACUAGCGACCUUUCAAAAGCUCUGGAUGAAGAGGCAGCAAAGAAGUUUUUGCAAAGGGCUAUUGAAGGAACACUGAGUAAAGGACAAAAUGAAGGCUGAUGUCUCUGACCUGUGGAACAAGCUCUGUCUGACUUUUGGAGGACAAUUUCUAACCAAACAUUCCAGUAGUUCCUCUCACACGACCAUGUUUCAAAGUUUAGAGAGCUACAAGUAAGCUUUAAUCAAUAAAG